CUUUCACUUUAAUCUCUUUAAUCAUCUUGGUGUGAAGACAGCAAGACCUUCAGAUAUCUUUCCUGUGAUGUUUCCAGCAGAUACACUUUGACAACUGCAACAUCUGAUUUCUUGCUGGUCUCCUGUUGAGUUUCCUGUGUUGUUUCCAGCACAGACAACUGCAACACCCGUGACAGUUGAUCUGAAACAACUGAAGUGCAGCAGCAGCAGCUUUCAAUAUCUGCCACCCAACAUGUCUGAGCUGAGGGUUGUUCUGCUGGGGAACAGCUGGUCUCUGAGGAGUUCAGCGGGGAACAUCAUACUGGGAGAGACUAAGUUCAACACUGAGGAUGAACCAGACCACUGUCUGACAGUCAGAGGACGGUUGGAGGAGAAAGAAAUAAUUCUCAUCAACACCCCAGAUCUGUUGCAUCCCUACAUCUCUGAAGACAAACUGACAGAACAUGUGACAAACUGUGUGAGACUCUCUGAUCCUGGACCUCAUGUGUUCCUGCUGGUUCUACAGCGUGAAUUCUUCACUGAGAAACAAAAGCUGAGUCUCUGUGGAGUCCUGGAGCUUUUCAGCGAUCAAUCAUUUGAUCAUUCACUGGUACUGACGUCAACACCCAGAGAGGACAGCUCAGGAGUCAUUAAAAGCUAUACGCAACACCCACACUUAACAGACUUAAUCAGAAUGUGUGGAAACAGAUCUAUGAACCUGAGGAACCGUGCACUUCCAGAGCUGUUAACUUGUUUGGAUCAAAUUGUAAAAAAGAGCUGUGAUGUGUUUGAAGAUGAAGUACCUGCUGUAUCUGGUGAUCAUCGAAGCUUGAAGCAACAGGAAACAAACACUUCUGACUUGGGUCCUGUUGGAGCUCCUGGGUUCAAGCGAAGCACAUCACACAGUUCAUCACCAGUUGAAAGCACAAUCAAACAGGAAUCUACACUCAGAAUUGUGCUGUUUGGGAAGAGUGAGGAUGAUAAGACCAAACUUGGUAACUUUAUGUUAGUGGGUGAAAAAUUUCCAUUCCAAAGCCAGUCUCAGAUCAAGCAUUGUAUGUCUGCCUAUGGAGAGUGGAGAGGAAAACCAUUAACAGUAGUGAAAGCUCCAGACAUGUUCAGUCUAUCUGAGGAGACAGUGAGGGAAGAGAUGAGGAGGUGCAUCAGUCUUUGUCCUCCUGGACCAAAUGUUCUGCUGCUGUUAGUGAAGGUUUCUGAUUUCACAGAGAAGAACCGACUAACACUGAAGUUCAUCCUGAGUUUGUUUGGUCAAGAUGCUUUUAAACAUUCAAUGGUCAUAGUGACACAUGAGGAGAAUGGAACACGUAAGUCUGUCAGUAAGCUCCUUAAAAACUGUAGAGAAAGACACUACAAGAUGUUUAAAAAUGACCUCACAUUGUUAAUGGGUGACAUUGAGAACAUUGUGCAUGAAAACAGAGGAGCCUUCCUCACCUUCACUGAAGAGACCAUCAGACCAAAGUCUGAACACAUCAAACCAGCUUUAAACCUGGUUCUGUGUGGGAGGAGAGGAGCAGGGAAGACUUCAGCAGCCAAGGCCAUUUUAGGUCAGACAGAGUUUCUUUCAGUCUCCAACUCAUCAGAGUGUGUUAAACAUCAGGGAGAGGUGUGUGGACGUUGGGUUUCCCUGGUGGAGCUGCCUGCCUUGUAUGGAAAACCUCAGGAGGCAGUGAUGGAGGAAUCAUUCAGGUGUAUCUCCCUCUGUGAUCCUGAGGGCGUCCAUGUCUUCAUCCUGGUCCUACCUGUGGGUCCCCUCACUGAUGAAGACAAGGGAGAGUUAGAGACCAUCCAGAACACAUUCAGCUCUCGAGUCGAUGACUUCACCAUGAUUCUGUUGACUGUGGAGUCAGAUCCUGCAGCUCCAGCUGUUGUUAACUUUCUAAAGGAAAACAAGGACAUCCAGGAGCUCCGUCAGAGCUGUGGAGGAAGAGAUGUUGUUCUCAACAUCAAGGACAAGCAGCAGAUCCCAGAGCUGCUGGACAUGGUGGACAAAAAUAUCCAGUCUAAAGUUAAACCAUCCUGUUAUACAACUGUAACAUUUGCAUGUGCACAAAUGGAAAAACUCAUACAACGAGAGAAAUAUAUCAACAGGCAACAAGUUGAACUUGAGAGGCUGAUGAAGAAGAACAAGAUCACUUGUGAUGAUGAGGAGCAGAGCCCAGAGAGUCUCAGGAUUGUGCUGAUAGGAAAGACUGGAAGUGGAAAGAGCUCUACAGGAAACACCAUUCUAGGAAGAGACGAGUUUAAAGCUGAAUCAAGUCAAAAAUCAGUGACCAAACUUUGUCAGAAAGCACAGAGUGAAGUGGACGGUCGUCCGGUCGUUGUUGUCGACACCCUUGGUCUUUUUGACACAACUUUGUCCCGUGAAGAAGUUAAUGAGGAGAUGGUGAAAUGCAUCAGUCUUCUGGCUCCAGGACCACAUGUCUUCCUGUUUGUGUUACACAUUGGCAGAUUUACACCAGAGGAGAAGGAGGCAUUAAAACUCAUCAAGGAAGGCUUUGGGAAGAAUGCUGAAAAGUUCACCAUCAUUCUUUUAACUGGAGGAGAUAAACUAAAGCGUGAGAAAGUUUCCAUUGAAGAAUACAUUGAAAAUAAAUGUGAUGAUUCCUUUAAGAAGCUGAUCUCUGACUGUGGAGGAAGAUACCAUCUGUUUGAUAACUGUGAUGAAGAAAAACGCACACAAGUCAGUGAGCUGAUAACCAAGAUUGACAGCAUGGUGAAGGAAAAUGGAGGCAGCUGCUACACCAAUGAGAUGCUGCAAGAGGCCGAGGCAGCUAUAAAGAAAGAAAUGGAGAGAAUCCUGAAGGAGAAGGAAGAAGAGAGGAAGAGAGAGAGGGAGGAGCUUGUAAAAAAAUACGAGAGAAAUAUGCAGGCGAUGAAAAUAAGAGUGGAAGAACAGAGAGAAGAAAUUGAAAAGGAGAGAAAACUGAGAGAAAAACAACUUGAAGAAAAAGAGGAAAACAUAAAUAAGGAACGUGAGAAGAGAAAGAGAGAACAGGAAAAGAGAGAAGAAGAAGACAGGAAGAGAAAACAACAGGAAGAAAUUCAACGACAGGAGUGGAAACGAGAGGUUGAAGCUUUGGAGAAAAAAAUAAGAUCAGAGUCAGAAACAAAGGAAACCAUUGACAGAAAGCUGGAGGAGAGCAGAGAAGAGAUGAGAAAAAAACAAGAGAACUGGGAGAAAACACAAAAUGAAUGGUGGGACCACCGAUAUCAAGAAGACGAACAGAGAAAACAGGAGGAACAAAGAAGACUUAGAAAGCUUCAAGAAGAAUAUGAACAGGAAAGAAAAAAUGAUGAAAAGAAAAGAAAGGAAGAGGACAGAAUCAGAAGAGAACAAGAAGAAAAAGAGAGAAAAGACAUUGAGGAGAAACAUAAGAAAGAAAUGGACAAUCAGAAGAAGACAUAUGAAGAGGAGGCCAGAGAGAAAGCUGAAGAAUUCAAUGAAUUCAAAGAGAAAUACAGAAAGGAGUUUACAGCUCAGAAGCAAGAAUUUGACAAAGAAAUUACAAAAAAAGAUGAACAAUAUGACAUCUUAAAGGCACUUUCAUCUCACAAAGAAGAAGAACUAAAGAAAAAAGUAGAAGAACUAAAGAAAAAAGAAGAAGAACUAAAGAAAGAGCAAGAAGAAGAACUAAAGAAAGAACAAGAACAAAACAAAAAGAAACAAGAAGAACUAAAGAAAGAGCAAGAAGAAGAACUAAAGAAAGAACAAGAACAAAACAAGAAAAAAGAAGAAGAACUAAAGAAAAAAUAUCAAGAUGAAAUUUGUAACUUAGUGAAAUGUGUAAUCAGAAAGAGAAAAAAUAUAGAAGAAAUCAUCAACUUACUCGAAGAACAUAAACAUAAAAUGAAGAAUGUGAAAACUGAGGAGGAAAAGAAAAAUCAUCAGGAAACACAUGAAGAAGAGCUAAAUCACUUGAUAAAGAAACUUAUGAACCAAGAAAAUAUAUCACUUUUAGAAAACGCUUGGUACCAUAUCACACAUUUGUUUAAAUAACUGAAACUUUAAAGAAACAUUCACUGUAAUUUUUUGCAGUGGACUACACAGUGAUGCCUACCAUGGCCACAUAAAUACUUCUCAUUGGCUGUCAGGUGUUUACAUCAGCAGAGUAUAUUAAUAUAAUAACCAUAGCAACAGUGAUGAUGUAGUAGACUGGUGAAACUACAACCUUGUGCAGAAUACAAGACUUUAAAGUAUCAGACUUUUUGUUUUGCUCAGACAGAUCAUGUUGAUGUAGAGCUGCACUGACUACGCAGCUGAUCUCAGACCAGCUGUUUCUGAUUUGAUUUUAUAUUUUACUUUAUUUUGGUAAUCAAAUGAUCGUGGCAUUCAACUAAAACACUGUAGAAGCUACUGUGGGACACUGUGUCCCAGUUGCUGUUAUGAUAAAAAAAAACAAUACAUUUGUUCUAAUUAAAUAUUUUCAUGUUUUGUUUUUUAUAUUUUGUGUUGAUGAUCAUUUGCUGAUAUAUCCCUCUGGGUCAGCUCCAGUGUGGAGUAUAAAAUAUUUCUUCAAGUGACAAAAUGUUGAUUUCAGUCUGUCUGUAUUGAUCAAUCAGGCUUUUAGUAUCUAAAUAACUCAGUGACUCUGUUCAGUCAGUUGUUUCAAACUUCUGCUUUAUUUUACUGAAAAUAAUUGUUUCCUCUGUAACAUUCAGGGUCUUCUCUGUUUCACUGGGUUUUCUGUAAAGUUUAUAUAUUAUAUAUUUAGAGAUAUUAGUCAUUUGGUUUGACUUUUUCACCUCUAAUAAGUUGAGCGUUGUAAAAAAGGGUGAGCUGCUGUUUCAGCCUGCACCUUUUCAGUCUGUAGAAAAUUUUUCUUUUCUUCUUUUAAAACUCUUUUGCUGGGAAUAAUUGCCUUUUCUUUUCUUUUGUCCUAAUAGUUUGUGUAAUUAUUUGCUGAUAAAAACAGACAGCAGCUUAGUAAAGAAAGACUUCAGCAGCUGAAGCUCUGCUCGCUCAUUACAGAUGAUCUUUGUUUUCUUUUGAAUAUGAGAAAGAACAUGAUGUUUGUGCUGGAAGUGAAAUGAAAUGUUUAGAUGUCAUUCACCCUGUUUUCUCUGCAAAUCACAAAUAUCACAGCAAAUAUGAAACAUUAAACAGCAUGAAGAUCAUUUAAACUGCUGAUCAGAUCAAUCAGAAUGAUGCAGAAUGACAUUAUAGACGAUUGUUUUGUUCCAUGUCAGAUAAGACUGGAUGCUUUAUAACUGAUGACAUCAACUUAAGACAGAAUUCAGAUCAAUCUUUAAUCUUUGCUUUCUUUGUUUGUGCUUCUAAAAGAUGAAUAAAGUGUUUCCCUGUA